CGUUGUCUUCUUCGUCGAAAGAUAGGGAUAGACCGCCACUUCAGCCACGGGGACGAUUCCAGAGCGAGGUCGACGGAUCGAGCUCGAGGAGACGACCUCGCCCGAAUUCGUACGAUGAGUUCGGGGCGAAGCCGAUGUUGGGUGGGUUGGGUGUCAAUCGGAGGUCGAGGUUCGAGAGUAUGGUGAAUCUGGGGGCGGGGAUGGGGGCUGGUGGUGGACCAGGGGGGAGCGGGACGAACAGUCCGUUGGGAGGGUUGAGUGCGAGUGAUUUGUUGGCUCCGCCGAGGGAGGGGAGGGAGUCGAGGAGGAAUUCGGCGGAUGGGGGGUAUGGGUUGGGUGUGGGUGGGAAUGGGGCGAGUGCGGUGAGGAAGACGUUGGUGGUGCGGGAGGAGGGGAGGCCGCCUACGCAUUUCCAACUCGGGAACUGUAUCGGGCGGGGACAGUUCGGUGCUGUGUAUCGUGCGCUGAAUCUGAACACGGGACAGAUGGUCGCAGUGAAGCGCAUAGGCCUGGACGGGCUCAAGGAGGAAGAGGUCACUACGCUCAUGAGGGAGGUCGAUCUCGUCAAGAGCUUAUCUCACCCCAGCAUCGUCAAGUAUGAAGGCAUGGCACGCGACGAGAAUACGCUCAGCAUCGUUCUCGAGUACGCCGAAAACGGAUCCUUAGGGCAGACUCUCAAAGCGUUCGGAAAGCUCAAUGAACGGCUCGUUGCCAGCUACGUCGUCAAGAUCCUCGAAGGCUUGCACUACCUCCACCAAUCGGACGUCGUCCACUGCGAUCUCAAGGCCGCGAACAUCCUCACCACGAAGAACGGGAACGUCAAACUUUCCGAUUUCGGAGUGUCCUUGAACUUGAGGGCUAUGGAGCGUGAGAUCAAGGACGUCGCGGGGACACCGAAUUGGAUGGCGCCGGAGGUGAUUGAACUUAAGGGAGCGUCCACAAAGUCGGAUAUCUGGUCCUUGGCGUGUACGGUCAUCGAGCUGUUGACGGGCAAGCCUCCUUAUGGGGAUAUUGCGAACACUAUGACUGUCAUGUUCCGUAUCGUCGAGGACGAGAUGCCGCCAUUGCCGGAGGGGAUCUCUGAACCCCUGAGUAACUUCCUGCGGUUGUGCUUCGACAAGGAUCCUGAGCUACGACCCAGUGCCGAGCUGCUAUGCGAACACGAGUGGCUCAAGAAGCACUGGGGUGCUCAUAAGGAUCUUCGGCCUCAAGAUAGCAUUCCCUUCCUUCGCAGGGUCAGCGCCGACCUUCAUAAACAUGAGGGUAUCCGCCACCUUGCUUCACUCGACAUGUCUGAGCCUGCGAAGGUGGAGGACGAGACACCGAGCUCUCCUCGCAGGCUUUCGAAUGGAACUGUCCCGCCACCGACGCCUCUUCCCCAGACGAUUCCCGAUAGCGAGCUUCUCUCCGUCCGCGAGCAUACGUUUGUGAAGACCACCUUCAGCAAACCCGUAAUCUGCAGGGUGUGUAUGCAGAACGUGAAGAAGAGCGCCGUGCUCUGCUCACAAUGCAGCCUCAUUGCGCACUCCAAAUGCGCAGCGAACGCACCGCCGACAUGCGACCUCCGUUCUCAGCUCCUCCUCUACGCGCACUUCGCGGAGCGGGGCAGCCCAGUCGACUUUAUCUCUGCUUCUCGCGGUCCGACCUCGGUCACGAGCGACGGGAACGGGGCUGCCAGUUCUUCCCGAGCGAGCCUUGAUGUUCCUCCGCACUCUCCGCCACCGAAUUCCACUUCGACGACGCCGAUUCCGCAUCCGCCUACGGCGUAUAAAGUUCGCCAUCCGUUCAAGAGGCAGUCUAGACAGUCGCUUACUCCCGAGCCUACGCCUUCUUCCGCUGCGUCCGCGACUGUACAUAAGGAUAAGGAGAGGGAAAGGGACAGAGCGGGACAAGGCCAUCAUCAGCAUCAGCAUCAUGAAGAGAACAUCAUUCGUCGGAAGUUUUCCAUCCUCGGUCGGACGCACACGAAAGAGACGAAGGAGCCACCAAAGUCGAUCUCUUCGUCCAGCUCGCCACAUACGUCGUCCAUGCGAUCCAUGAACACCGCGCCUGAGAGUCUGUCUAGUCGACAUGCGGCCGGUGUGUCGGGUGGUAGUGGGAUGAGGUCCGUCACGGAGACGGGGACGAGGAUGUCGGGCAGUAGGGCGUCCGAGGCGGAUACGACCACGGAUAUUCCGAGGGAGUCGAGGAUGAGCAUUUAUUCUGGGACUUCGGUGGCCGGUGCGAAUGAUGGGGAUGUUGGUGUGGGUAUGACGGAGGGGAUGCCGGGAGGGAUGGACGUGGGGACGAGACGGACGAAAAAGGGGAAGCACGAGUCUAGAGGGAAGGAGAAGGAGGGGGGGUGUAUUAUCCAGUGAUGCUCUGUUUCCGUGUUUCGUGCCCGCGCCUUCCGCUCAUCUUUCCAUACCUCUUCUCCAUCCCUGUCCAUUCCCUCUGAGCAUUCUUCCUCGACUGCUACUUCUAUGUGUACAUUUUAUAUCCCCCUUCUUUACAUACGUUCGUAUCUUAUAUCAGGUUAUUAUCUGUACUGGUACCCCUUCGUUCUCCUCACUUUCCUCACUUUUUUCUUUGAUCUUACAUGCCCAGACACGACAUACCACGGGCUCAUUUUUUCCACCUUACUCAACAGUGUCGCUCGCGUACAUACGUAUACCUAGUCUCGAUCCGUCUCUCUUUUCCUCUCUCUCUAAUCUCUCCCAGCUCAGCUUAGUAGUAGGCAUUGUGCAAUCAAACUCUCCCUGGGACUUCUUUUCUUUUCUCCUCUCUCCUCUCUCGUCAUUCAUCAUUUGUCAUUUUAUCUUUUCUUUUAUCCUCUGUGUGUUCUUGUGUGUCCGAUCAUUUGAUACCUCGACUGUCAUCCACUUACCCAUUCAUUCUGAUUCCCCUGUUUCUUCAUUAUUCUGUUUC